AUGGUGCUCGGGCAGCUGCAGGCGAAAUAUCAGGAGAUCGAGGGGCGCGCCAAGGCGUGGGUUGCGCGCCAGCCGCCGCCCGUGGAGGUGGCGGUCGUGGCGGCGGCGAGCGCGCUGCAGGGCGGCGCAAUCGGCGCGAUGAUGGGCAGCCUGACAUCGGAGGCGGCCGGCAGCAUGCCGUCGCCGGCCACCAUGCCGGGAAUGACGCCGGAGGCCGCGGCGUCGAUGAAGCAAAUGCAGGCGCUCACAGGCGGCCCGUGGACGCAGGCGCGAAACUUCGCGGUGAUGACGGGCGUGAACGCGGGCAUCACGGCCGCCAUGAAGCGCGCCCGCGGCGGCGUCGAGGACCUGCAGACAAGUGCGGUAGCGGCAUUUGGGUCGGGGGUGGCGUUCUCGGUGGUGAGCGGGGUGGGCGGGCCGGCAGGCAAUUCGGUGCUGAAUGCCCUUUCCACGGGUGUCGGAUUUGCCAUCUUCCAGGGGGCCUUCUUCCAGCUGGGCAAGGCGUUUCAAGGCGAGGGCGAUGCAACGCCGUCAGAGUAUGUGGAGUCAAAGGCAAUGCUGCAGGAGCUGGGGCUGGGCAAGUACGAGAAGAACUUCAAGAAGGGGCUCCUCACUGACCGCACGCUGCCUCUGCUCAAUGACAGUGCACUGCAGGAGGUGAAGAUCCCUCCCGGCCCUCGCUUGAUCAUCCUAAACCACAUUCAAAGAGCGCAAAGGUGCUAUGGGCAAGGGCCCUCGAGUGCCAAGCCCAGCAGCAGCAGUGGGGCCAUCGGCAUAGGCCACCUGGGGGGUCACCUGGGGGGCAGCAGCAGCAGCAGCAGCAGCAGCAGCAGCACCGGUGGUGAAAGCGGAGCAAUGGUGGCGUCAUUCUAA